ACGGUAAUGAACUGGUCUUUCUCCUGUUGAAUGACAAUUUUUCGUUCUUCACUACUUAACAGCAGACUCUCUUGACUUUUUAUUUUAUUUGAGACAACUAUGUCUUCUUCCUCCUGUCCUCCACAGACAGACAAGGCUUUCACACGUUAUUAAUCAAAUCUACGGAUGAUAUAUCCUCAGCUUCUUUUCUCAAGCUAUGCAUUUUAUUGAUUUUGACUACGUGUGAAUGGUUUGAAUAUGUGAUGUGGUUGUUAAUUAUCUAUGCACUUCUUUAAGACUCGUUCUCAAAAUUGUUUUGAGCUUCUUUGAAAAUGUCCGAGCCACCAAAAGUUCGUCUUGUUCGAUGCCCCAAUUGCGAAAAUUUGCUUCCAGAGGUCACUGAUUUCUCUGUUUACCAGUGUGGCGGAUGUGGCGCUAUUUUACGAGCUAAGAAUGAAAAUGGGGGCUUCGAGACAUUUUCUGACAAGUCUGGUAAAGAGGGAGAAUUAGGGAUUUCGUCGAAGUUUGAGAAAGUGGAGAACAUUGGUGAUACUUUUGAGGUUGACGUUAAGUCAAAUGCAGGUAGUUCUUCUGCCUUAUCUGAGAGGAGAGGGAUUAGUCGUGAUAGAGUUGAGAAUUACAGGUCUGAUCUGAAAGCUAAGUGUGAUAAAUGGACGGUCAGGGAUGAUGAACACCUUCAGAACGUAAUUUCUGAAUGUAAAAGUGAAAAUGGGUCGCAAAGACCAGUCCGUCCCCAGAGUGGCCGAAGAAUUGAUACAGAUGCCUCAUCCAGUUGCCAGUUAGGGUCUGAUUAUGGUUAUCAACUUCCCCCGAGGAGUGGGGACAGAAUUGGUAGUUCAAAAGGUGAAUACGGUGACGAUGAUAAAGCUGACUUAUUGAGGAAGCUAGAUGCCCUGAAGGAGCAGUUGAGUAGAUCUUGUGAAGUUACUGAUAAUCCCAGGGGUAAGUUCCCUCUUGAUAGGAAGACAAUGAAUCAGGAUCCUUAUGGUGAUUCCCGCGAUCGGUUUAGUGGUUCAAUGCAAUAUCCCUUCAUGAAUAGACACGAAUUUCCUCCCGGCAGUGGGUUUUAUCCACAAAAUUUUGGUUUUCAACCUUACGGUCCACCUUUAAAUCCUCACCAUCCAUCCUGUUCUUGUCUCCAUUGCUACAACACAAACCAAAACCCCAUUCAGUUUCCUCCAACCACAUUUGGCGAUAACAGGUUCUAUAAUUUCCCGAGAUCUGGCCCGCAGAAUUAUGACCCUAGAAUUCCAUUUCCUCCUCCUAUUAGGACACGAACCCUUAAACCAAGCGGACAUAAAUGCCUCCCUGUAGCCGGCGGUGCACCAUUCUUGGUCUGCCACAAUUGUUUGGAGUUGCUUCAUUUGGCUAAUAAGAGAGCUUUUCCAAGUGAUAGGAAACAAAUGAAAGUGAAAUGUGGGGCAUGCUCUAGUGUUAUGGUGUUUGCAGUUGCUAACAACAAACUUGUCUCUGUUAAUGCACUACUCAAGAAAAACAGUGAGGUGAUGUCUGUGUCAUCAGAUGAUCAUAUGACGCGAACCCACAUUAACCGCCCCACCACGGUUUUUUCUUCUGAAGAUUUUGACAAAUCAGGAUAUGAUUUCCAUGCAAUCGAUCAAGAUCAACUGCAGGGUAGGAGUAGGAACCAUUCGAAAUCUUCUUCGAUGAAUGCAGAAGAUAGCAGCUCAGCCAAGAAGGAGAAAGUGUCGACACCACCGCCUGUUGGGUCACCAUUGCAGGACCAUUUUGAUUAUUCAACCAAGUAUGGCGGACUUGAGAAUGGAAACACAAGCGGGUCCUCAAAGAAGGCUGCUUCACGUCAAACUUCCAUGAAGGACAUACAUGUGGCUACUGAGAUAGAUAUACCAUCCACUGAGUAUGCUAACACUGGUUCAUCUUUAGAAUCUGGCGAAUCAAUCACGGGGGACCAGAUAAGUUCCAACAAAACAAGUGGCUCAUUUUUUGCCAUUGCAAAGAAAAGUUUCAAGUCCAAUAAGCAGGUGGCGGACAGUGAUAAAAGGGGUGAUGUUACAAUCAAUGGGCAUCUUAUACUGGAUGAGUUUAUCAAGAAAGCUGAAAAGGUGGCUGGAAAAAUAAACCCUGGACAUUACUGGUAUGACUUCCGGGCUGGAUUUUGGGGAGUGAUGGGAGGUCCUUGCCUGGGCAUAAUUCCGCCAUAUAUUGAAGAGUUUAACUAUCCCAUGCCUGAAAACUGUGCUGGUGGGAACACGGGUGUCUUUGUCAAUGGGAGAGAGCUUCAUAACAAAGAUAUGCAAUUACUAUGCAGCAGAGGCCUUCCGCCUCAAAAUGAAAAAUCCUAUAUCAUUGAAAUUUCUGGCAGAGUGCUUGAUGAGGAUACUGGUAAAGAGCUUGAGAGCCUCGGCAAGCUGGCCCCAACAGUUGAGAGAAUGAAAUGUGGAUUCGGGAUGAAAGUUCCGAAAAGGGCAGCAUGAUUAUGAGUAUCCAGAAGCAACACAGAUGCAGAGAUGCUUCAUUCCUCAGCAACACCAUGACCCACUAAGCCACUGAUAUUGGUUGCAGGUCUGGAUUCUGGACUCUGGAGUGUUUAGGAUGGAAUUUAUAUGAACUUGUUGUAUGUAUGUCUAAGAAUGCAGUAGCAUACUUUCAAAAGAAAUGCAGUAGCAUGUGUUAACCAUCAUACCUAAUACUUAGUAAUAGUUAUUUAUACUUCGUAUAUUAAUGUUAGCCAGGGUUUGGUGGUCUUUUUCUAUCAUAUGCUUAUAGGAGGUAUGCAUUAUGCACAUUCAUUGUACUUCUAGAAAAUCUAUUUUCAGUUCAUCAGAUACUCUAUCUUGUACAAUAAGGUGUGCUUCCAUUAAUUACUAUUAUUUGCAAAAUGA